AUGCUGAUCUCCUCCGUCGCAUGUCUACCCUACGCUCUCUCUCUAAAACAGCCUCCCCGCGCCCUUCCUCUCUCCCCUCCCAUCACUUUUCCCGUCGUCUUUGCGCUCUCUCUCCCAUCGCUUGCGCGCUUUCCCUUCCGUCGCCUGCGCGCUCUCCCUUCCGUCGCCUUCGCGCUCUCUCCCCCCUCGCCUUCGCGCUCUCCCUCCCGUCGCCUUCGCGUCCUCCCUCCCCUCGCCAUCGCGCUCAUGUUCCUCCCUCCCCUCGCCAUCGCGCUCACGUUCCUCCUCUCCCCUCCCAUCCCGUCGUUCGCCUCCUCUCCCCUCCCAUCCGUCGUUCGCCACCUCUCUCCCAUCCCGACGUUCGCCUCCUCCCAUCCCAACGAAUUCCUCCUCUCCCCUCCCAUCCCGUCGAAUUCCUCCUCUCCCCUCCCAUCCUGUCGAAUUCCUCCUCUCCCCUCCCAUCCCAUCGAAUUCCUCCUCUCCCCUCCCAUCCCGUCGAAUUCCUCCUCUCACCUCCCAUUCCGUCGUUCGCCUCCUCUCCCCUCCCAUCCCCUCAUUCCUCCUCUCUCCCUUUUCUUCAUGUCGCUCUUGUACUCUCCCCUCCCAUCCGCUGUUUAUUACCUUGUCCAGCUUAUUUUCUCCCCUCGUUCUUCGACACCCAAUUCUUUAACCUCUUUCAGCCCCAAGACCAAGAAAACGUCUUUUCUCGCAGCUUUGCUCUCAACUCUUGCAUAUGACGCCGACGACGACGAGGACGCGCCCGAGGAGGCACAGCCUGCUACCCCGGCUCCCCGUCGCGGCCGUGCUACUGCAGCGUCCGGAACCAAGACUGCCGCGAAGGGCGGAGAGCCUCCUCGUGGCGCAGCCAAGACGCGCAACCUGCACCCUGUCAGGCGGAGCGUGUGGUCCCCCCGCGAGAGCACCAUCUUCGUGGCGGCUCGUGGGUUUAUGAAGGACGAGCUCGGCGCCCUCCUCGGGAAGCAGGGAUCCCAGUACUGGGCCCGCCUCGUGCGCCAUCUCGAGCAGGAGAAUCCCGGCCCCCACCACAGCAGGGACUCCUUUGAUGGCGCGGAACUCCUCUGCCAUCUCGUCGAGGUCGUCACGGGUCGGGAAGUGGACCCACUGCUGCUUGAAGGCGGUCGGGAAAUGCAUGAGGAGCGCGUCUACAAGCAUGUGGCACAGGGUCUUGGACAGCCCGAAGACGGAUGA